GGUCUGUGACAGUGAAUGAGAGUGAGGCAGCCGAUGUUUCGGAAAAAAGCAUCUUCCUCCUUGAGAAUGCGAAGAAUAACUGAAAGCACUAGAUGGAAUACUGACCGCGGGCGGAGCUUGUCAUUCCAUGAGGUGCGUGGCCAAGGUGAGGCAGAGAUGAGGGCUGCAGUCGAGGAGUCUUCCAACAGCAGCAACAGCGUAGGAGGUGGUGGCAGCACCGUCCUGCAGCGCCUCCUGCAGGAGCAGAUGAACCGGAAUUAUGUUCUGCAACAGCAGCAGCAACAACAACAACAGGGAGGAGGUGCAGGUGGAGGAGGUUACUCAGGACAGGGGCAGGGACAAGUAGGCCCCUCUGAUGAUCACUCCAUGACUCCCCACAUCGCCCGUCAGGAACCCCAGGGCCAGGAGCUGCAGACGGACAAUGGCCUGGAGAAGCUGGGCUCCACCAGAGGAGGAGGUGGGAGCAGUGGAGGUUUAGGGACUGGAGGAGGAGCAGGAAGCAGUGGUGGAGGUGGCAGCGGCCAAGGGCAGUGCCCAAACCCUGAGGACCUCCCCACAUACGAGGAGGCCAAAGUGCAGUCACAGUACUUCCGUGGUCAUGGUCCACCGCCUCAACCACAGCCGCAGAGCAGCCAGCCCCAGCAGCCUCUGCCCGCCUCCGUGGGCGCCGCCUUCUACGUCACCGGGGUGACCAACGCCAAGGUGCGCACCGAAGGUCGCCCCACGGUGCAGCGAGUGAGCGGCGCGGGAAAAGUGCACCAGGACGACGGGCUGAAGGAUCUGAAGCAAGGACACGUUCGCUCACUCAGCGAGCGACUCAUGCAGCUCUCCCUCGCCACGAGCGGCGUGAAGGCUCACGCUCCCGUCACUAGUGCCCCGCUGUCACCUCUGCUGCCCCCGCCGGGGCCGCCGGGCAACUACUACAAGCCACAGCAUCGUGGGCCGCCUCCGGAUUACCCGUUCAAAGGAAUGGGCUCACCUACGAAGCAGCAGGAGCCCGGAGGAAACUUCUACCAGGAGCAGAGAGGGAGGGAGCACUCGAGGGAGGUGCCCCACGUCCGAUACCAGCCCCCACCUGAGUACGGCUCAUUCAGGUCCAGUAAGGAGGGUUCAGUUCACUCCCAGAGGCCCCUUCACCAGCACAGUCCCACCUCCUCCGUCACCUCCGUGGGCUCCUUAUCCCGAAACCAGUCCUCCAUCCUCAGCAGCAUGCUGAGUGCCUCCCACUCCUCCCACCCGUCUUUCCCUCACCAGCACCCCCAGUCCCAGGGAGAGCCCUUCCCCAGCAUGGGGCACCGCGGUCUGCAGCAGGGGCCCGGCUGCCACCAAGCUGGCGAGCCCUUCGCUCCGGGAUCCUUUCACCUUCCAAGAGGUCAAGGUUUUCCUCAUGACCCCUAUGGCUCCACCCCAAGAAUGCACCAUCAUCAUCAGCAGCAGCAGCACCAGCAGCAGCAGCAACAACAGCAACAGCAACAGCAACAGCAACAGCAACAACAACAACAACAGCAACAGCAGCAGCAGCAGUUCCAAGGACCUCCACAGCAUCCUCCACAUGGACAUUUCCCCCACCCACACUCCUUCUCCCACGUGCAGGGUGAGCCCUUCGCUAUGAUGGUGCGCGCCCACCAGAUGGUGGAUGUCCUGACGGAGGAGAACAGGAUGCUCAGGCAGGAGAUGGAGGUGUGCCGCGAGAAGGUCACAAAGUUGCACAAGUUGGAAACAGAGAUCCAGCUGGUGUCGGAGGCCUAUGAAAACCUCGCCAAGUCCUCGUCCAAGAGGGAGGCGCUGGAGAAGACCAUGAGGAACAAGUUGGAGCUGGAGGUGCGCCGGCUGCACGACUUCAACAGAGACCUCCGAGAGCGCAUGGAGACGGCCAAUAAACAACUUGCUGCUAAAGAAUGUGACGGCUCAGAGGACAACAGCAACCAACCCCCCAUUCCCGUGCCUCACAAAGAGACGCUGCGUGAGAAGGAGAAGCUGGAGAUGGAGCUGAACGCUCUGCGCUCCAGCACAGAGGACCAGAGGAGACACAUCGAGAUCCGAGACCAGGCGCUCAACAACGCACAGGCCAAGGUGGUGAAGCUGGAGGAGGAGCUGAAGAAGAAGCAGGUCUACGUGGAGAAGGUGGAGAGGAUGCAGCAGGCUCUGGCUCAGCUUCAGGCGGCCUGUGAGAAAAGAGAACAGCUGGAGCAUCGCCUCCGUACGAGGCUGGAGCGGGAGCUGGAGUCCCUGCGCAUGCAGCAGCGUCAGGGAGGCUCUCAGAACAGCGGCGUGGUGCCAUCAGAGUACAAUGCCACGGCUCUCAUGGAGCAUCUGAGGGAGAAAGAGGAGCGGAUCCUGGCUCUGGAGGCCGACAUGACCAAGUGGGAGCAGAAGUACCUGGAGGAGAGCGUGAUGAGGCAGUUCGCCCUCGAUGCCGCCGCCUCUGUCGCCACUCAGAGGGACACGUCUGCAGCAGCGAUCUGCCACUCUCCCAGCAGCAGCUACGACACUUCAGUGGAGGCUCGAAUCCAGAAGGAAGAGGAGGAGAUUCUCAUGGCCAACCGUCGCUGUCUGGACAUGGAGAGCAGGAUAAAGAAUCUGCACGCACAGAUCAUAGAGAAAGACGCUAUGAUCAAGGUGCUGCACCAGCGCUCCAGGAAGGAGCCCAUCAAGUCAGAUGCACCGUCUGCCAUGAGGCCCUCCAAGUCCCUGAUGUCCAUCUCCAACACCGGCUCUGGAGGUUCAGGCCUGCUCUCUCACAGCUUGGGGCUCAGCAGCUCGCCCAUCACUGAAGAACGUAAGGACACGAGCUGGAAGGGCAGCCUCGGGGUUCUGCUGGGUCCAGAGUUUCGUACAGACUCACUGCGGACAGAAUCAAUCUCAUCCUCGCCCUCCCCGGUGCUUCCUUCCACCCCCAUGACUGCAGGCCACUCGAAGACAGGCAGCAGAGACAGCUGCACGCAGACCGAGAAGGGCCAGAGUCAGGACACCAGCAAGCCCAGCACUCCAGCCCUGCAGAGCAUGACGCUCCCGGGCCGCCUGUCCAGCCCCAGCCCCGUCUACAUCCCCGACCGCUUAGCAGAUGUGCCAGUGUUUCACAGCAGCACUCUGGACCGGAGGCUCCCCAUCCAGUCACACCCGCAGCAGCCGGCCACUCCUCCGGCCCUGCUCAGCCAGCAGGAGGUGGACAACGACAUGGUGGAGAUCCUCAUCUGACCCCGUUAGAAAACAUCAUCCAGACGAAUGAUCGGAUGGCAGCUGUGACAGACGAGUUCAUCCUCCAAACUUUGACUGACCCACACCGAGAGACCUUUUCAUACUCGUAUGUUUACAUGUGGACUCAGACAUUUCUUCACUCCUUCACUGAAUCACUUGUUAAUCGUCGUCUCAAUCAUAAAAGAGACGAGCAUGGCACUUCCUGAACGAUGAGUGAAUAUGAAGCGAGUCGCAUUCUGCCUGACGUGACCAAGCUGAAGAAGUUAGACAGCACCCUCUGAAAAGAAUCAGUCAAGAUGUUACACACUAACGACAAGUGGGUGAAGCUAAAAGCCAAAAUCCAACACACACACACACACACACACACACACACACACACACACACUUCCAUCUGAAGGAUUUCUUUGCUUGUCACUGUCAGGAUUCGCUGUGGUCGAUGUUUGAAUGCACUACUUUUUGCCCUGAGGAGGUUCCUGUCAUUGUGCCUGUGUACAGACUAACAGUGACAACAUUACUAACUGCAGCACCAAUGGCAUUUCAAAGCUUCGCAUGCAGCUUUGUGUCCUGAUUAAUGAAAACUGUGUCUCCGAGUACGAAGCAGCUCGUCACGCGGACGCUCCAUCGGACCAAGUGUAUGGCUACCUUUCUGCAUUUAUUGCACUACUUAUUUUUUAUUAUAAUUAUUACUACUUAUUACUUAAAGAUGUUUGACAUUAGGUAUUGUAUUUAUGUUUUGUGUUUCUCACCGUAGUUAGACGCGGCACUGGGUAAUCAUUGGGCGUUCACGUUGUGUAUGUACUGUAACGGCCUGAAGCGCCGCAACACGUUUCAGACGCCACGUCAGUCAGCACGGGAGAUUUAACGACCAAAUCUGAGCAAGGUAACAAAGCGUGGUGUGCAAAACGUUUGUGAAACGCUGCAGGCGUGGACCAGGACGGACCAAAACAAUAUGAUGGUGGCCAUGCAUGGUGGAACUGCGUGCCAUGGAAGGAUCUGCAGAGUAACUGGCAUGUCAGUAGCUGGUGAGCAUGGUGGCAUGUUGACUUCAGGUCAGCCAGCUGACCCACUGAAGCUCUGAGCAGCUUUGAAAUCAGUGCACCGAGCUGGAAGCUGGCAGCAGGUUCCACAGUGCAUCCAUCAUAGUUUCACAUGGUUCAAAAAUUUCAAAUCAGUCCAGCAGAGUUUCAAAGUGCUGUAAACUCGUGCAUGUUACACCACAUCCACCAGACUGGCACCUGACCUGUCUGUGCCGUGAAGGACGUGGUGCGACAUCAGUGUGAGGUUAGUUCAGUCAGCUGGCUGCAGGACUCCACUGGUUGGGGUGAUUGUUAAACAGCAGCAGAUUCUUAAAGUCGUUCAUUCAGCAUCUCACUGACCGUGCGUGAAGAACAAGCCAUGAAAAGUAUUUGCAGACAUGAGGAUUAGAAAUGACAUCAGCUGUUCAUCAGCUCUGCGUUACUCUGCAGAGUGAAGUCGAGUGUUGGUUCAUCCCUGCAACAAAAGAGCAGCUCCAUUAGAACGGUGAUGAAGUGUACAUAUGAAAACAGCUGAGCAUUUACAUUUUACACGUAUUUUUAAUCUCCAGCAUUGUUAAAGCAACUCUUUGUAAUCCCACCGUGACUACAGCUGUACUCGAGUAUUUCUUCUGGUUACAUUACUGAUGAUCAAUCAUCAUCCAGGUCCCAGCAGCAGCUGAUGUCACUGCCUAGUCCAGCAGCAGUCAGCCCAGCUCGGCGUC